GAUGUCUUCAGACGGGAAUGAUGAAUUCGAUGUUCCCUCUGCCCCUCCACCUUUCAAGGGAUUAGAAAAAGAUAAAGUCGAGACGAGAAAGCGACAAGCACUGUUUCUCCGUCAAGCUUUACGGAUCGUUGAAAGAUUCGCUCACAAUCCUGUGAAUACUGAUAUGCUAGCUUAUUCUUUACCAUGGUUGGAACGUGAACAAUAUGAUGAUAUCUCGAUAGAGCGAAAUGCUUAUGGAAAUUGUGGUUAUGUAUUAUGUUCCAAGCCAAAAGGUCAAACCAAUAAACAAAAGUACCGUAUCUGCACAACCACUCGGAGAGUAUACGAUAUUACCAAGCGUCAACCAUUUUGCUCAGACUGGUGUUACCGUGCUUCAUAUUACAUACGCAAACAGAUUUCUAAAGAACCAGCAUGGUGCCGUUCAGCAGAUAGUUUAAAACCAUGUCACAUAAGUUUGCUACCUCCUAAUGUUCCAGGACAUGUUGGUAAAGUGAUUUUAGAUGUACAGAAUCGUUUACUCUUAAAUGGAUCUGAAAGUGAUUCAAGUAUUGAAACGAACUUAGUUACAUUGGAAUAUUCACGUAAGGAACUCGAGAAACUGGAACUUGGAACAAAUAAUGAAAAUAGCAUCGUAGUUCGUGACAUUUGUCCACAUGCAUUAGACUCUGUUGAAUCUACAGUUACAUCUUAUGAUGAUCAGUCAGAAAUGUAUCUCAAGUCUCCAUCAGAUUGCGAACAACUGUUGGAUAACCAAAAUGUUCCUACUAAUCUAUGCGACAAACUUUCAAAACGUUUACAAGAGUGGCUAACUGAAAAAGCCUUUGUGAUUCUCACCACCUAUACAUUUACAUCUGAGGAACCAACUUCGGUUGAUGGGUUAUAUAGCAAAAUUUUGCAGCAAUUUUUCUCAAAACAUGUAUCAUCAAAAGAAGAAACCGGGAGAAAACUCAAUUUUCUGACUAUCCGCUUACCUGUGUUCUACCACUUAUUGAUUCGGUUUCUCCUGAAGUUCUCCGUAGACAGAUCCUACUGGAUGAUCUCAAAAAAGCAUGCAUCCAAUAUUAGAUGCUUUAAAAAUAAAUAUUCAUUGUGUAUACAGAAGAUUAGAAAAUUCUGUGCUUCAUUUUAAGUAAGUUUCUCAAUUCAUCAACAGAUUUAUAACUCAAUUUUGCCCCAUAUCGUGAAGUAAGAAUAAAUCUAAUUACUGUAACUAUUUUCAUAAAAUUUAGGUUUCUGAAGAAACAUCCUUUAGAAAUUUUCUUUCACCCACGACCAAAAGAGCGUCUUUGUAUUGAUGAGGAUUCGCAACUCAGGUGGAUGGUUUUAGUGUCACAUUUCCUAAGCUGAGUGGUUUAGCUUCCUUUGUUUCGAAGAAUAUUAGGGCUUAGUUAGAAUAGAUGUUGUUUUGCGACCAUUUUGAAUCUUUUCACUGAAAUAAAAGUCCGCAUCAUUCAACGAUUAAUGCCGUUACAUUUCUGUUUAGUUAGUAGUACAGCCUUCGCAGUCAUAUCUCGUCGCCACAGUUUAAUUACUUGUAACAUUGGUAGCUGACUUUUAUCUCGUCAUUCGGUGAUGAUAAGAUGUCGAUGAUUAAAUGUCCUGUCAAUUUGUCGGCUGGUUCAGCUGAACUCCGUUGUCAAGAUAUUAAUUCUCCAUUGAGACGAUACUGCACGAAAAUAAGACGUCUUUUGGGUAAUGGCAUGCACUACGUAAGUCUAGGAAACUUAAAACGUAAUUACAUUUUUUCUAAUUUGACACUUUCCAAUUUCACUACUCAUUAGCGAUAUUCCUUUUUUUUCUUUUAGUCUUACAAGUAAGAACGUACAUAU